CUCCUCGCCCCCUUUCGAUGUGCGCCUUUGGACAUGCGGAGGCUACUGCAACCGUGUUGGUGGAUCUUUUUCUUGAAAAUCACCAGCUCCGUGCUCCAGUAUGUGGUGUGCUUCCCCGCUCUGACUGAAGGGUACGUUGGCUCGCUGCACGAAAACAGACAUGGUAGUUCUGUGCAAAUACGGCGGCGUAAGGCCUCGGGGGAUUCUUACUGGGCUUACUCAGGUACAUAUGGUCCUGAGCACUGGGUUACUUCAAGUGUGGACUGUGGAGGCACUCACCAGUCUCCAAUAGACAUCGUAGACCAUCAGGCACGUGUGGGAGAUGAAUAUCAAGAAUUACAGCUUGAUGGUUUCGACAGCGAAUCCUCUAACAAGACAUGGAUGAAAAACACUGGGAAAACUGUCGCUAUCCUUCUGAAGGACGAUUAUUUCAUCAGCGGUGCUGGGCUGCCGGGUAGAUUCAAAGCCGAAAAAGUGGAAUUUCAUUGGGGUCAGAGCAAUGGAUCCGCUGGCUCUGAGCACAGCAUCAACGGCAAGAGAUUCCCUGUUGAGAUGCAGAUUUACUUCUACAAUCCUGAUGACUUUGACAGUUUUGGAGCAGCAAUUUUAGAAAACCGGAUAAUAGGAGCCAUGGCUGUGUUUUUUCAAGUCAGUCAGAGGGACAAUCCAGCACUGGAUCCUAUUAUCCAUGGGUUGAAGGGUGUCGUACAUCAUGAAAAAGAGACCUUUCUGGAUCCCUUUGUGCUGAGAGACCUUCUGCCGACAUCACUGGGAAGUUAUUAUCGCUAUACAGGUUCUCUGACAACUCCACCAUGUAGCGAGAUUGUGGAAUGGAUAGUUUUUCGCAGGCCUGUUUCUAUUUCUUAUCACCAGCUGGAGGCGUUCUAUUCCAUAUUUACCACAGAACAGCAAGAUCACGUCAAGUCUGUGGAGUAUCUGAGGAAUAACUUCCGACCGCAGCAGCGUCUGAAUGACAGGGUGGUGUCCAAGUCUGCUGUGAAAGACGCUUGGAGCCAAGAUGUGAUGGACAUCUUAGAAAAUCCAUUUGGCACAGAGGCUUCCAAAGUUUGCAGUACUCCCCCGGUCAACAUGAAAGUGCAGCCUGUGAACAGAACAGCCUUGCUAGUAACUUGGAACCAACCAGAGAUCAUCUACCACCCUCCCAUUAUGAACUACAUGAUCUCCUACAGCUGGACUAAAAAUGAAGAUGAAAAAGAGAAGACUUUCACCAAGGACAGUGACAAGGACCUGAAAGCCAUCAUUAGCCAUGUCUCACCUGACAUCCUUUAUCUGUUCAGAGUUCAAGCAGUUUGCCGAAAUGAUAUGCGUAGUGACUUUAGCCAGACAAUGCUCUUUCAAGCUAACACUACUCGAAUAUUCGAGGGGACCAGAAUUGUUAAAACAGGAGUGCCUACAGCUUCUCCUGCUUCUUCAGCUGACAUGGCUCCCAUCAGUUCUGGAUCUUCUACCUGGACUUCUUCUGGUCUUCCUUUCUCCUUUGUUUCAAUGGCAACUGGAAUGGGACCUUCAUCCAGUGGAAGCCAAGCAACAGUGGCCUCCGUGGUGACCAGCACAUUGCUUGCCGGCCUUGGGUUUAGUGGUGGCGGUAUUUCCUCCUUUCCUAGCACUGUGUGGCCAGCCCGCCUUCCUAGUGCUGCUUCUACCAGCAAACAGUCAGUUAGGCCGGUGCUUACAACUCCUGAGGCUUUAUCUUCCCCAGGACCGGACAGUGAUUCCGCUCUGACGAAAGACAAUGAAGGAGCAGAGGAAGGAGAAAAGGAUGAGAAGAGUGAAAGUGAGGAUGGCGAAAGGGAACAUGAUGAAGAGGGAGAAAAGGAUUCGGAAAAGAAAGAGAAGAGUGCAGUGACAGAGGCUGCCGAGGUACAAAAUAACACUGAGACCACACUAACGACCAUUUCCCCUAAUAGAACUGUAGAGGAGGAAGGAAAUAAAACCAUACCUGGUCAAGAGCAAAACAUUUUCCCAACAGAUAAGAGUCCUGAAGAAGAGAGGGUUACUGAAUCAGACACUCAGCCCCAACCUGUCCCCUCCACCCAAGUGCCACCAGCAUUCACAAAUGAACAUUAUGUAGGGCAAAUCCCAAAGGGACCAGAGACAACAUCAAGAAAAGCUUUUCCCAACGACCGCAGGUUUCCAGAGGAAAAUCCAUCCGAUAACAGAUUCAUCACCAUUAACCCAGCAGACAAGAAUAGCUCAAGUAUGGCAACCAGACCUUCUCCUGGCAAAAUGGAAUGGAUCAUCCCUCUGAUUGUGGUGUCCGCCCUGACCUUUUUGUGCCUCAUCCUUCUUCUUGCCGUGCUGGUUUACUGGAGAGAGUGUAACAAAAUAAAGUCCAAGGGCUUACCCCGACGUUUCCAUGAAGUGCCACCUUCUGGGGAGAGAACAGAGAAGGGGAGCAGAAAGUGUUUUCAGACGGCUCAUUUCUACGUGGAGGACAGCAGCUCGCCUCGAGUGGUCCCUAAUGAGAGUAUUCCCAUUAUACCUAUCCCAGAUGACAUGGAAGCCAUUCCUGUCAAACAGUUCGUUAAACAUAUCAGUGAACUCUAUUCUAAUAACCAACAUGGCUUCUCAGAAGACUUUGAGGAAGUGCAACGCUGUACAGCCGACAUGAACAUCACAGCAGAACAUUCCAAUCACCCAGAUAACAAGCACAAGAACAGAUAUAUCAACAUUUUAGCAUAUGAUCACAGUAGGGUGAAACUAAGGCCUUCGCCAGGAAAAGAUUCUAAGCACAGUGACUACAUUAAUGCUAAUUAUGUUGAUGGUUACAACAAAGCAAAGGCCUAUAUUGCCACCCAGGGACCUUUAAAGUCUACGUUUGAAGAUUUCUGGAGAAUGAUUUGGGAACAAAAUACUGGAAUCGUUAUCAUGAUUACAAACCUCGUGGAAAAAGGAAGAAGAAAAUGUGAUCAGUACUGGCCGACAGAGAAUAGCGAGGAAUACGGCAACAUUAUAGUCACAUUGAAGAGCACAAAGGUACAUGCCUGCUACACCGUCCGCCGUUUCACAGUCAGGAACACAAAAAUGAAAAAGGGUCAGAAGGGAAACCCCAAAGGGCGACAGAACGAGAGAACAGUUAUUCAGUAUCACUAUACACAAUGGCCUGACAUGGGAGUGCCAGAAUAUGCUCUGCCUGUGCUAACCUUUGUGAGGAGAUCGUCAGCAGCCAGGACCCCGGAAAUGGGACCCGUGCUUGUACACUGCAGUGCUGGUGUGGGCAGAACUGGUACCUACAUUGUGAUCGACAGCAUGCUGCAGCAGAUACAAGACAAGAGCACAGUUAACGUCCUGGGUUUCCUGAAACACAUCAGGACACAGCGCAACUACCUUGUUCAGACAGAGGAGCAGUACAUUUUUAUUCAUGAUGCCUUGCUGGAAGCCAUCCUUGGGAAGGAGACUGAAGUAUCUGCAAACCAGCUGCAUAGUUAUGUUAACAGCAUUCUUAUACCUGGAAUAGGAGGAAAGACACGACUAGAGAAACAAUUCAAGCUGGUUACACAGUGUAAUGCAAAAUAUGUGGAAUGCUUCAGUGCUCAGAAAGACUGCAACAAAGAGAAGAACAGAAACUCAUCAGUUGUGCCAUCUGAACGUGCUAGGGUGGGUCUCGCGCCACUGCCUGGAAUGAAGGGAACUGAUUACAUUAAUGCCUCUUAUAUCAUGGGUUACUACAGGAGCAAUGAGUUCAUCAUAACCCAGCAUCCCCUUCCACAUACAACUAAAGACUUUUGGCGAAUGAUCUGGGAUCAUAAUGCACAGAUCAUUGUCAUGCUGCCAGACAACCAGAGCUUGGCAGAAGAUGAGUUUGUGUACUGGCCAAGUCGUGAGGAAUCCAUGAACUGUGAGGCCUUUACCGUGACCCUUAUCAGCAAAGACAGACUGUGCCUCUCUAAUGAAGAGCAAAUUAUCAUCCAUGACUUUAUCCUUGAAGCUACCCAGGAUGACUACGUUCUGGAAGUACGCCACUUUCAGUGUCCCAAAUGGCCAAACCCAGAUGCCCCCAUAAGCAGUACCUUUGAACUUAUCAAUGUAAUCAAGGAAGAGGCCUUAACAAGGGAUGGCCCCACCAUUGUUCAUGAUGAGUAUGGAGCUGUGUCAGCCGGAACGCUGUGUGCCCUGACCACCCUUUCCCAACAACUGGAGAAUGAAAAUGCUGUCGAUGUUUUCCAAGUGGCAAAGAUGAUCAAUCUUAUGCGGCCUGGAGUAUUUACAGACAUUGAACAGUACCAGUUUCUUUAUAAAGCAAUGCUAAGCUUGGUGAGCACUAAGGAAAAUGGAAAUGGUCCCAUGACACUGGACAAAAAUGGUGCUGUGAUGGCCAAUGAUGAACCGGAUCCUGCAGAAAGCAUGGAGUCUCUUGUCUAA